AUGACAUCGGAUACCCUAUUCACUGCAAUAGCUCGUCGUGAUCCAUCGAAGAGGCAGAUAAAACCUGUGAAUACAGACCACUUGGCUUUGCUCGAUGAGCUGGACGAUGACAGCGAUAGCGAGUACGUUUGCGAGGAUAGGGAUGAGGAAGAUGAUGAUGAGGAGACCCACUCAGGUUGUACUGAUGAAGAGGAUUCCAGUCCAGACGACUCUUCAGUUAACUUAUCCAACGUUUCUACAGUUUCUGGUACUAGUCAGAUUUCCGUGUCUAGAUCUGAAAGGAAUUCACCUAAUUCCGUAAAAAAUGAUAAAGACACAUGGGCACCGGAGUCCUUUUGUACUGGGCCAGAUGGUGAUCAAAAUUUGACUGCUAGUGAUAAUGCGAAAAUAAAAGAUAUUGAUAUCAUGAUUUGUAUGCUGUGUUUAGGAGAUAAUACUGAUCCUCGUGAUGAGCUGAUCGAAUGCGAUGGUUGUGGUAUUGUCGUUCAUGAGGACUGUUAUAAGCUGGUCGACUCAAUAUUUUUGUCCAGUGGUGCUAGCUCCUCAAGUACAGAUGCGUGGUUCUGUGAACCAUGUCUUGCAGGGCUCACUUCCCCGGUUUGUGAGUUGUGUCCAGUGUUAGAUGGCGUAUUUAAAAAAACAGAUAACAAUCGCUGGGUUCACUUAUUAUGCGCACUAUAUACACCAGGAGUUGCGUUCAACGACCCAGAUAAUUUAAUGGAUGUGACUCUUACUGAGUUGCCACAAAGGCAGUGGUCUUUACACGAAUGCUCUCUCUGCGAAGAUCGGUUUUUUGCUUGGACUGGUGUUUGCAUAUCUUGUGAUGCUGGUUUAUGCCGCACUUUUUUCCACGUAACUUGUGCUCAAAAGCAUGGUUUGUUGUCAGAGCCCACUGUCGAAGAGAGUUCAGCGGAUCCAUUUUUCGCACAUUGUCGUCAACAUACUGAUAAGACAGUUGCCCGACACCGUCGCCGUAAUUUCUUAACAGCAAUGCUUAGGCUAAAGAAGUGGCGCUCGAAUAGACAGUUGACUUUACAUGGUUUAGAUGAAAUAAAGUCAAAUAUUUUUUGUUUGAGGGAUGCAACUAUGGUGGACCCUCGCACUCAGCGUAAACUUGAGCAUUACCGCAAGCUCUACAAGGACGUUUUGCGUAAUCGUGAAAAGCCAUAUGUUCCACUUGUGAAAACGCCAAUGUUUUUGGAAACCUCUCCCGUUGCAAUGAGAAUGUUUGUGUUGAAGGCUAAAGCUCUUAAUCUACCUAUUGAACUAUCAAAUCAUAUGUCCAACGCAGAUUCAUCAAAAGGUCCAACACCUAGUUAUCCAGUUUUCACUCCAGAUUUCGUAUCUUAUUUCUUAGAGCGUGAAAGGAAAAUUACUGAAGUUUCAAAACUUAUUGCUACCUUACAAAAUACGCAGCGUGAACUACAAAUAUCAGAUGCUAGUGCUUCACAUAGUUAUAAUUCGGUUUCAACGGAGUUAGAAAAAUUAAACAGUAGCCGUGGAAGCUUGCGUGCGAAAUUCGUCCAUAUCAUAAACUCUCUCCGUAGUUUAAUUCCGGAACUAAAAUGUUCGUCGGAAUUAGAAACUAUCUUAGCAGAGCCUCGCCGCCUUCCAGAGACAACUAGUUUUGACCUGAGCUCAUUAUCUAAUCCAGUGGACUCCAACAAGACCGUCAAAUUUGGUUCUUCAGCAGUUAUUGCUGCCUCAAAGCGUAGAGGCAACCGUUCAUCUCCAUGUAAAUUGCGAAAAGCUUCAAAAUCUGAGGCAGUUGAUCAAAAUGCAAAGUCACUAGACAUUUCAACGGCUUCACACCCUGAAAAGUGUUCAAGUAUUGUCACGUAUGAAUCAGAAAAUGUGAUAUUAGAGUGUAUGAUAUGUCACGGACUUCAGGAUCAACAUUUAAUUACAAGUUGUGAUACAUGUGGAAAGGCAUUUCAUUUGGCAUGUCUUGAUCCUCCAUUGCUACGUAUGCCAAAACGUAGUAAACUUUACGGUUGGCAGUGCUCAUUUUGUACGAAAGAGGUUUCUUCAGUCCCAGGAGCUGAGACAAUUGAUGUAAAUGCUCCACGGCAACUUCGUCGUUCCAGUGGUAUACCAUCUGAUCGGACAACUUGCGUCAAAACUGAAGAUCUCAAACCAAAUGUUGAUCCAAUUUCCCAAGUUUCUGGUUACCCUGUUAUUCCUGGUGAAAUUAAACCGUCUCCUACUCGCGAACCUGUUUCAAAAACACUUCGGAGAAGUCACCCGCUUGUUAGUUCAGCACCUUCUUAUCGGGGUAACUUCGGAAAUCCUGUUAAAAAUGGUAAGAGGACGUCCAGUUUGUCUUCGAAACGUAUAUCUAUGUCCGCCAGUAAACAAACAAAAAGAUGCGUUUCAUCUCAGUUGCCUUUAGAAAAGGAUGUAAAAAUUAAUAUUGGUUGUAAAGUUUCUACCAGUCCUUCAGUAGUGAUGACCCAUGUUUGCAGUGCUGAUUUUGAUCAGUUUAAAUUUACUGAUGAGACUGAAGAUGAACCUAUAAUUCAUGCUGGCGGUGGUAGCUUAAAGAGCAAAUGUGAAUCUGAUGAAGAAAUAGCUCAGCUACGUUCAUCGAAAGUUAUCAAAUUCGUGCAAAUUCGAGAUCAUGAAAGUAAUGGUGAAUCUGAAGCUGUUGAACGAAUAGCUCCUCUUCAGCAACGUUACGUUAUUUGUCAAGAAGUUAAUCCUCAUCCAAAGAGAUCAACUGCUGGUAAAUUUAGACUGAAAUUUAAGAAACUUUAA